ACUGAGCGACCAGGUCGGCCUGCCCGCCCGCCCCAUGGCUUCUGCUCACGGUGGCGGCGGCGGGACCCGGAACCUGCUGCAGUUCCUGCGGCUGGUAGGCCAGCUCAAGAGAGUGCCACGUACAGGCUGGGUAUACAGAAAUGUGGACAAGCCAGAAAGUGUGUCCGAUCAUAUGUACAGAAUGGCUAUCAUGGCUUUUGUAGCUGAAGAUAAGCAUCUUAAUAAAGACAGAUGUGUCCGGCUUGCCCUGGUUCAUGAUAUGGCAGAGUGCAUCGUUGGUGAUAUAGCCCCUGCAGAUAACAUCCCUAAAGAAGAAAAACACAGGCGAGAAAAGGAAGCUAUGAAGCGGCUAACCCAGCUGCUAUCAGAAGACAUCCGGAAGGAAAUCUACACUCUCUGGGAAGAGUAUGAGAACCAGUCCAGUGCAGAAGCCAAGUUUGUGAAACAGCUGGACCAAUGUGAAAUGAUUCUCCAGGCAUUCGAGUAUGAGGACCUAGAGAACAAACCUGGAAGGCUUCAAGAUUUCUAUGACUCAACUGCAGGAAAAUUCAGCCAUCCUGAAAUAGUCCAGCUUGUUUCUGAACUUACAGCAGAAAGAAACGCCAAAAUCACUGCAGGAACCAGUGAACCUCACUCUUGAGGAAAACCUGUGUUCAGAUGUACAGAGUGAAGAACCCAACAGGAGACAUGCAGAUGAGGUUCAG